GACAUGACACAAGUGCCACAUCACGGCCAUGGGGUCUCACCACUCUGCUUUUGUUCGUCCCCGUUCUUGCAAGCGAAAGAAAGAAGAUGACAGCAACAACAUGACGGCUGACCGUGAACAGGAAGAAGCCAUUGCUCAGUUCCCAUAUGUGGAGUUCACAGGGCGAGAUAGCAUCACGUGCCUCACUUGCCAAGGAACUGGCUAUAUCCCAACAGAGCAAGUAAAUGAGUUGGUGGCUUUAAUCCCACAUAGUGAUCAGAGAUUACGGCCUCAGAGAACUAAACAGUAUGUCCUCCUGUCCAUCUUGCUCUGUUUCCUGGCAUCCGGUUUGGUGAUUUUCUUCCUGUUUCCACACUCAGUCCUUGUGGAUGAUGGCGGCAUCAAAGUAGUGAAAGUGGUGUUUAAUAAGGAGCGCUCCCUUAUAAUUCUCACCAUCACGGCUACCCUAAAAAUCAGGAACUCCAACUUCUACUCGGUGGCAGUGACCAGCCUGUCCAGUCAGGUUCAGUACAUGAACACAGUGGUUGGCACCUACGGGACAGCCAAUGUCACCAUCAUUCCACCUCGGAGCGAGCACCUGGUGAAUUUUACUGUGAAUGCUGAGAUGGGAGGACCGUAUUCCUAUGUCUACUUCUUCUGCACGUUACCGGACAUCCUGGUGCACAACAUAGUGAUCUUCAUGCAAACUUUGGUGAAGAUAUCUUAUGUCGGCAAAGUAUCCCAGAGCCCCUUGGAGACACAUCACUAUGUGGAUUGUGGUGGAAAUUCCACAGCUUUCUAG